AUGAAGGCCGCGGCAGUGAAGAAGACAGUGAAGGCGACGGUGGCGAAGAAGGCAGCGACUGGCUCCUCCUCGUACAAGCGGCACCGGACCCCCUCCCCUUCUCCUCCUCCUUCGGAUAGCACCUUGGAGGCCGAGUACAACCUCAGGUCCUUCAGCCCAAAGACAAAGAGGAGGCAAGAUGCGGAGGACGAGGACAUGGAGAUGCUGGCUCAGAGGGUGGCGAAGUGGGCCAAGAUGUCGACAGGCGGCAAGCCCCCGGCGAGCACUUCACGCACGCCGGAGUUAGUGGUGAUCAGCCCGGACAACAGCCCCCGGCGCAGCCCCCGCUUCAGCCCCCAGCGAGUAGAGCGGCAGCAGGAGGAGCCACCGAGGGCCACACCAAACACGCCGCCGCAAUCGACCACGCCGCCCAGAGGGGCGUCACCGGCGAGGAUGCCCACCACCGAGCCCACACACAUGGAGGAAGAGGGGGCCGGCAUGGGCACUGGUGGCUUCGUCCCGACAAUGAACGUUGGCAGGGAGGGAAACGCUUCCCAGCUUGGCACAGACCUUCCCUCGACAAACCCGGAGGACGUCGACACAGUCAUCGAGGAGGUCGCAAAGGAUGUCGAGGCUGAGGCUGACAAGAUUGCUGUCGAGGAGGCCGCGAAGACCGCCGCUGAGGAGGCUGCCAAGGGGCCUACCGGGGAGGCCGGCAAGGAUACUGCCGAAGGGGCCGGCGAGGCCGCUGCUGGGGAGGCCAACAAGGCUGCCGCCAAGGAGGAGGUGGCCAACGAUCAACCUUCCUCCCCUCCAGCCCCCACCCCAGUCAGGUACUUGAAGGUGGGCGACGGCCUUUUCGUCAACCCCCCAGGGACGGCGGGCACCAGUGCACCAGCCGAGGGGGAGGUGUUUGAUGACGAGGCGCUCGCCACCGCCGGGCUCCAGGUUGUCGACGAACCGAGCCCCGCCGACGGCGGUCCCCAAGAGGAGCAACUUCUCCAGGCCAUGGGCGCCAACUUUCAGAAACUCCAGGCGCCUGGACAAGAUGAAAUCCAGGAUGCCGGCGGUGGACAAGGCGAAGGGAGAUCUUGA